GGGAGUUGGUUGUGUCGGGUUACGUCGGAGGGGAACGCUAUUAAAAUAUCCACAAACAUUAUCUUUAAUUGGACAGAAUUUUGUGCUCGUGUGCCUCAGUGUUUUUUUUCUCGAUGACGACUCGGUUUUUUCGAAUCUGAUGACUGUUAUCAGUCGCGACCGCGCUCUGAUCGGCCGAUAAUCGUGAUAGUCUGAGACUGUGCAAUUUAUGUGACAAAAAUGACAUCAGUGACGUGAUUUUGCUAAUGUUACCACGUGUUCUCGUUGAUUUCGUUCUUUGAUUCGUUUCUUCGUUUCUCUAAUACUAAAUCGUCUACCUGUCCCGCUAUCUCGCCGCUUUCCUCCGCUCUACGUCACCGAAGCCGAGUGAUUUUCCGGACAUAAUUUGUGUGACUCUGUGUAAUAUAUUGUGAAGUGAUGCUGCAGUUACUGUGAUUUUCUACGUCUCCGCUGACCGGCGGGAGUGUCCCCAGCGAGCCACCGAAAUCCCUCAAAAUUACCCGAAUUCAAUCCCCCGGUAGCAAACCCGGCACCCUGAGUUUCUCAGAUCCCUUCGGGCCUCCUCAGUCCACGGACGGAGGGGGCCCAUCCACCCCGCAGCCCGCCAUGACCACCCAGGAGGCGCUGGACCACCACCACCACCUCGGGGGCUCCCAGACCCCCCACGACAUCUCCAACUCCAAUAACUCCACCCCGACCAACGUCUCCUCCAAGUCCGCCUUCAUAGAGCUCCAGCAGCAUGGGUACGGGUUUAAGGGGGGCUACCAGCACCCCCACCACUUCGGCAGCCCGGGGGGUCAGCAAAACCCCCACGAGGCGUCGGGGUUCCCCAGCCCGAGGUCGCUAGGUUACCCCUUCCCUCCCAUGCACCAAAACACAUACGGUUAUCACUUAGGUUCCUAUGCACCCCAGUGCGCGAGUCCGCCUAAAGAUGAAAAAUGUGGUCUCUCCGACGACCCCGGCCUCCGGGUGAACGGGAAGGGCAAGAAGAUGAGGAAGCCCCGCACCAUCUACUCCAGCCUCCAGCUGCAGCAGCUCAACAGGCGGUUCCAGAGGACGCAGUACCUGGCGCUCCCGGAGCGAGCGGAGCUGGCCGCUAGCUUGGGCCUCACGCAGACGCAGGUGAAAAUCUGGUUUCAAAACCGGCGGAGUAAAUACAAGAAGAUGAUGAAGGCGGCGCAGGUUGGGGCGCCCCCGCCCAGCCUCGGCAUGCCGCCCGGCAGCCCGCCCAACAACAACCAGAUGCUGCAUGGUGGAGGCGGCAGCUCCUCCGGUUCCCAGCACUCGCCAUCCGGGUUCGCGGGUCCCCAGCACUCCCCCACGCCCAGUUCUACCCCCGUCUCCGAGCUGUCACCAGGACUGUCACCGACGGGCGCCUGGGACGUCAAGCAGCCCCCGCAACCCAACUGGGAUGUAAAGGUUGGAUAUCCAACAGCGGGUCGGUCUCCGGACGGCACGUCGUGCGACGUGAAGCCCCCGCACCAGCAGUCCUGGGACCCGAGGGUCGGAUAUGGCGCGCCGCCCGGCCCUUGGGACAUGAAGGGCGCGCACGCGCACCCUCUGCACCAGGGAGCGCCGCAGCACCCGCCCUACGUGCCGCAGUACUCCUGGUACCAGGCCGACGCCAACCCGGGGCUGCUGACGGUCUGGCCGGCCGUGUAACAAGAGAGGUAUCACAAAAAUUAUAAUCGCCACUUCUGCUUAAAUGGUGGAACAGCGAAUGCAUACCAACAUAUUUCUAAGGAAAUUAAUCUGUAAUUGUAAAUUUAUUGUAGGGUAAUUGUAUUGUAAAUGCAUAUAUAACGUUACAAUUCGUGUUCAUCUCGGUGGCCUCGACUCUAUUAUAUUAUAAUAUCUACCCUCGUUUGCCAUUACAGUCUUAUGUCUGCAUUUCGACUGACACUGUACAUAAUUGUCUGUAUACUAUCGGUAGUGUGUACAUAAUAUAUACGUCGAAUUGUAAUAAACUAGGUACGUGCAAUAAUUGUAUUAUUUUAAAAAUGUAUUUUUGUCGUUUGGUCACCGACUGUGUUGUAUUCGAUGUGUAUCGUAAUUUAUUCAAAUUAAAAAUUGCAAUCAUUUGUAAUGUUUAGUUCAAAUGUAAUGGAAUUUUAUUUUCGAAUUGAACAAUUCGUAUUAUUUUAAUUAGAAUUUUGUUUUUGAAAAUGGAAUUCUGUAAUUCAAUGUAACUGCCAACAGUGUCAAAAGUCUCGGAAUUGUACGAUUUUGUUAUAUUUGCACAUAUUUGCAUAACGGCUGUCCGAAAGCAGAAGUAUUUAUUGUGAGGACAGGUAAUUAGAUUGAAAUAAAAUCUGUAGGUAUUUAAAUUUAAGCUUUAACACGAUAUUUUUAUUUAUUUAGUUUUAUUUUAAACAAAGUGGGCACAAUCCGUUCUGUUGUGAUAAAUAAUUUUAAGUUGUAUUGUGACAGAGGUUUAUGUUCUGAGCCGAUUGUAAAUGCAGAGAUUGUGAGUCUAUUUAAGUUACUUUAUUUCAUUCUUACUAUUUAAUGUAACUACAGCUCAUUGUGGUGAUGUAUAAUUACAAUUCUUUGAUCCCUGAUAGGCUCUACACAUGUUUUAUCAUUUUACGAUAUUCAAUUAAAACUUAUGUACAGUUUAGUUCAAAUUAUUCUACAGAUUAUAAUUUAUAACAUUUACGUCCUGCGAAGUUAUUAUUUUAAUCUAACAUAAAAUCUAACUUCCUCAGAUUUUGUUAAAAUAAUGGCGGCACAAUUAUCGACAGGUGAUGUUUGAUAUUACGCGACUAAUCUAGAUAUCGAUUAAAUUACUGUAAACCUUGUUUUAUGUCUGUUUUUAUGAGUGGCAUUUGACAGGUGCGCUCUUUACGGCCACCUUCUAAAGUGCUUUUCCAAGAUGGCCGCCGAUCACAACAUAACAGCUCCUGGUCUUAUGGCUAUAAACUUUUAAGUCGAAAGCUUACUGUAAAUACUAAUUAAUUUACUUCAUUAAAGUGCAUUUUUUUAAUAUCGAACAAUGUAAUUACUUAGCAGGUUGUCAAUUGUCAUUAUUUGUACUAUUACAAACUGGUAUAUUAUAAUUUAAAUACUUGCCAUUUUAUUACAGCAUUGUUACAUCAUUUUUAUUUAUAUACGAAAAUAUUAUGACAACUAUAACUACCUGUU